CAGUCAUCUCUUUUCUUUUGACUUUUGUGUUUGACAUUUCUUUUUCCUUGGGAAGUUAUUUGAAAUCGGGAGAAGAUGUUGAUGCCAAAAAAGAACAGGGUGACUAUUUAUGAGUAUCUCUUUAAGGAGGGUGUUAUGGUAGCAAAGAAAGACUACCAUGCUCCAAAACAUCCCGAAUUGGAAAGCAUACCAAAUUUGCAGGUUAUUAAAGCUUUGCAAUCUUUGAAAUCGAAAGGUUAUGUAAAGGAACAAUUUGCUUGGAGGCACUAUUACUGGUAUCUAACAAAUGCGGGAAUUGAAUUCCUUCGUACAUUUUUGCAUUUGCCACCGGAAAUUGUACCAUCUACUUUAAAGAGACAAACGCGCACAGAUAUUGCUAGGCCUAGACCAACAGCAAUUAGACCAGAAGGUGGCCCUAAAACCGCUGAAGACAGGACUGGGUAUAGGAGAACACCUGGUGGUCCCGGUCCCGAUAAAAAAGCUGAUGUGGGUCCUGGUACUGGAGAUGUAGAGUUCAGACCUGGUUUUGGACGCGGCAGAGCCCAAUAAAGUGUAAUUUAGGAAUAUAAUUUUUUAAUUACA